AUGCCAGCCCCCGUUGCCGUGUGUAUUGUGAGUGCCGUUGGCCUGCUUGCUGCGGUAUAUGUCUUCAAAGAGGUCAGGACGUUGGUCAAAGACAGGGGGAGUUUUGUCAUCGCCCCGAUGCUUGAGGAUCUGGCCGUAUCAUACCUUGAGCGCCGAAGGAAGCAGCAAGCAUCAUCGGCGACCACUAGCCCAGGUAGCACGCCUGUCGAGCUCAACCAGCUGACACCGCGAGAAGAUACCAGAUCGCAAUCUACGCUAAGGCAUCGUCAGACUACAGGUGUCAUGGAGGAGUCCUCGCUGUCGUUUGUCGCAUCGCUCACCUGUAGAUUGUCGCUGUACUGCACUGCGGUAGACGACCCGACAGUGGUACUUCGAGUGGGUUUGUCUUGUCUGUCCACACUUGCCAUAGAUAUGCCGUAA